AUGGUGUGGAGUUCGAAUACGUUUGCAUCGAUUGCCGCCGCCGAAAGUGAACAGACAGUCACCGAUAUUACCUUGUUCUUCUUCCGUCUCAUGGUCAAUUGCCCGUCCGUCCGCCUCUACCCACCGACCAUCUCCCUGUUUUUCGUGUGUUGUCGCUAUCCGCUGCUCCAUUACCACAGGACUCGACGUGCUAGACACGCUCCUUCUCGUCGGUCACGGCAGAUAUUACCCUCACUUGCCGGUUUCGUUUCGGUGAACGUUUCCGUUUAUUUUUCGUCAUUUUUCCGCACGCUUCUGGUGGAACCCUGUCGCCGUCGCUUACGUAUUUCUUCGGAUUCCUCUUUUGCGUCUCACACGCCAUCGCUGCAAAGCGCAGCCUGUUUCGUUUUCUCUCUAUCUCAUUUUUCUCUUUCUCUCACUUUCACUCUCUCUUUCAUUUUGUCUUUCUCUCUCUUUUUUGUCUUCCCUCUGUCUCUUUUGUCCUCUCUCUCUUUCUUUGUCUUUCUCUCUCUCUUUAUCUCUCUCUUUAUCUCUCACAAUUUAUCUAGCUCUUUUUCUUUCUUUCUCUUACUUUCUUUCUCUUUGUUUUUGUUGUGGAUUCCGUGA